AUGUGGAUGGAUAAGAAAGGUUGGAAAGCUUUUGAAAUGGUUGAAUAUUUAGCUUUCACAUGUAUGCAGGCAACUGGAGAAAUCAAAACCAUAUUUUUACAAGAAAUAAAAAAUCGUACAACAUAUGAGAAUUCCUCUUCUACUACCACCUUCUCUACUAUAGCAUCCUCUUCUACUAAACGAAUUAAAGUUCAAAAUCAAAAAUUACUACAAU